GCAUGCUCAGUAAUUUGUGGCGCCUUUCUUCUUGGAGGGAAAUCUUGGUCUCGAUUUUGGUUUAAUUUGUUUCUUUUUUUUUGCUUUCAUUUCAUUCAAAAACAUGUCUUCCCGUAUGUAUGUCAUCAAAAGAGAUGGGAGGGAAGAGGGCGUCAUGUUUGACAAGAUCACUUCUAGAAUCACCAAACUCUGCUACAACCUCAAUAAUGACUUCGUCGAGCCAGUCACUAUUACCAUGAAGGUCAUUAAUGGCGUGUAUGCUGGUGUGACUACUUCAGAACUGGACACUCUUGCAGCAGAGACGGCCGCCUCUAUGACCACAAAGCAUCCUGACUAUGCUAUUCUUGCUGCUCGUAUUGCUGUGUCGAACCUUCACAAAGAAACAAAGAAAUGUUUCUCUGCUGUCAUGCAGGAUCUCUAUGAUUAUGUUAAUCCUAAGAAUGGCCGUCACUGUCCUAUGAUAUCAGCAGAGACAAACAAAAUAAUUCAAGAUAAUGCUGAUAAACUUAAUUCUGCCAUACUGUACAAUCGUGAUUAUGAUUAUUCUUAUUUUGGCUUUAAAACAUUGGAAAGGUCUUACUUGUUGAAGAUCAAUGGAAAAGUUGCCGAGAGACCACAGCACAUGUUGAUGCGUGUUUCCGUUGGUAUUCAUGGCAACAACCUUGAUAAAGCCAUUGAGACCUAUAACCUGAUGUCUGAGCGUUGGUUCACUCAUGCUUCACCGACAUUGUUCAAUUCUGGUACUUGUCGUCCUCAGCUCUCCUCCUGUUUCCUCCUCACAAUGGCCGACGACUCCAUAGAGGGUAUAUAUGAUACCUUGAAGAGAUGUGCCAAUAUAUCAAAGAGUGCCGGGGGUAUUGGUCUAGCUGUUCACAAGAUACGAUCGUCUGGUAGUUAUAUUGCUGGCACCAAUGGCACUUCUAAUGGCCUGGUACCAAUGCUGAGGGUUUUUAACAACACAGCAAGAUAUGUUGAUCAAGGAGGGAAUAAGAGACCAGGUGCUUUCGCUAUAUACAUUGAGCCUUGGCAUGCUGACAUCAUAGGGUUUCUUGACUUGAGAAAGAAUCAUGGCAAAGAGGAACAAAGAGCUCGUGACCUUUUCUAUGCCCUUUGGACUCCUGAUCUAUUCAUGAGGAGGGUUGAGUCUGAUGGUAUGUGGUCACUGAUGUGUCCUGAUGAAUGUCCUGGCCUCUAUGAGACAUGGGGAGAUGAAUUUGAUCAGCUUUAUGAAAAGUAUGAAGCUGAAGGGAGAGCUCGUACAGUUAUUAGGGCACAGAAGCUUUGGUUUGCGAUCCUUGAGUCACAGAUUGAAACAGGAACCCCAUACAUGCUUUAUAAAGAUGCUUGUAACAGGAAGAGUAAUCAGAAGAAUCUUGGCACCAUCCAGUGCAGUAACUUGUGUACCGAGAUAGUUGAAUAUACAAGUCCUGAUGAGGUUGCUGUCUGCAAUCUAGCCUCUAUUGCUCUGCCUCGUUUUGUGUCAGAGGGUCAAUUUGACUUCCAGCGUCUCUUUGAGGUUACAAAAGUCAUCACUCGCAACCUCAACAGGAUCAUUGACAUCAACUAUUACCCAGUACCUGAGGCUCGGACAUCAAACCUCCGCCAUCGUCCCAUUGGUAUUGGGGUACAAGGUCUCGCUGACACCUUUAUCCUAAUGAGGUAUUCGUUUGAUUGUGAAGAGGCUCAGGAGCUCAAUCGGAUGAUAUUCGAGACAAUUUAUUAUGCAGCUUUGACUGCGUCUUGUGAGCUGGCGGGAGAGGAAGGAGUGUAUGAGACUUAUCAUGGCUCACCUGUCAGUCAGGGAAUACUGCAGUAUGACAUGUGGGAUGUGACGCCUUCUGAUCUCUGGGACUGGAAGGCACUCAAGGAACAAAUAGCAAAAUAUGGUAUACGUAACAGUCUCCUUGUAGCUCCUAUGCCAACAGCCUCCACAGCACAGAUACUUGGCAACAAUGAGUCCAUUGAGCCGUACACUAGCAAUAUAUACUCCAGACGUGUACUCUCUGGAGAGUUUCAGAUUGUCAAUUCUCAUUUGAUGAGGGAUCUUAGUGAGAGAGGUUUAUGGAAUGACGACAUGAAGCAAAGACUAAUAAAAGACAAUGGAUCAGUCCAAAAUAUUCCUGAGAUCCCUGAUGAACUGAAGGUUCUAUACAAGACGGUUUGGGAGAUAUCUCAGAAGACUCUUAUCAACAUGGCUGCUGAUCGUGGAGCUUACAUUGAUCAGAGUCAGAGCUUCAAUAUUCACAUGGGGGAGACUAACUUUGGGAAAAUGACAUCCAUGCAUUUUUAUGGCUGGAAGAAAGGUCUCAAAACAGGCAUGUAUUACUUGAGGACAAGAGCAGCUGCUCAGGCUAUUCAAUUCACUGUUGAUCAGACGGUCAUAAAGUCUGCCUCUACUAAAAGUGAUGAGAUGAAGAAAGAGGAACAAGAAGAAGCAAUGAUCUGUUCUCUUAAGAACAAGGAGGCUUGUAUCUCAUGCAGUGCUUGAGGUGGGGGGACACUCUUCAUCAUAAUGCUCUAGACUUUUAAAUUAUUAUACAUAACACAAGUACACAUAAAAAUAUUAUAUUACAUGGGAACAAUAGCUCUAUUUUAAGCCAGCACUAUAAUUAUUAUUAUUACUAGUUGUAAUGAAUGAUUUUUGAUUAAAUUUUUCACAAUAAUAAUUACUGUUAAGAUCCAUUAAUGAUCAUGA